GCUGUCUCACUUCUGAAUUCAACGGCUCAACCAAGAAUUUGAAUUGAAUUGGUGCAGUUUGAAGAAAAGCUUAUUUAGUCAAGAAAACCGUUAAUACUUUUAAUGAUUUCUUAUAAUACCUCCAAUUAUAGUAAACAUAUGGUGUGGAUAUUGUGAUUAAUUGAUAUUGAGCUUAAUAAUUUAAUUGUGUCAUUAAACUUUCUGAAGUGUACAGUAGCUAUCAAAAACUGUAUAUUUUCGAAUGUGGUUUUUAAUAUAAAAGGUUUUCAUCUGUAGAUUUCUCACUACAAUUGACCAUAGCUCACUCUUGAAAUGGCCCAGUUUUCCUUCUUCAAUGAUCUCAACAGUGCAGUCAGAAUGGACGACCCUAUUACCAAAGGACCUGUCCCUAGGUGGCAAAAGAAGGGCCUAGAAACCAGUUCUAGCGGCAUGAAUAUAAGUUUAAAUGCUUCAAAAUCCAUGUUUGGAACAUCGGUCAAUACCAGCACUUCAAAAACUCCAAAGAAACAUGGAAGCUCAGAACUAGCACAUCAGAAAAAAACACCAUCCAAGACACCAUCGAAAACACCAAGAAAAUCACCACGUUCAACUGCUGGUACUCCUAGUGGAGGUGACAGGUUCAUCCCUUUACGUUCAGCUUCCAAUUUUGAUAUCUGUCAUUUCCAGAUGAUGCAGCAACAGAAUGACCCAGCACUGAGUCCUACUCAGAUGGAGAUGCAAAAAGCAAUGUCUGAAAAUCUCCAUGGAAGAGACAUAUCAAACACUAGAGUUCUGGCAUUCCAGAAAAAAGCACCAGCUCCGCCUGAGGGAUACACAAACCCUCUUAAAGUGGUGUACAGUCAGUCGAAAACGCCUAUGUCAUCCAAAGGAGCCACAAGGUACAUACCCCAGGCGCCUGACAGAAUUCUGGAUGCUCCCGAAAUUGUGGAUGACUACUACCUUAACCUCAUAGACUGGAGCGCAAACAACGUGUUGGCUGUAGCUCUGGGGAGCAGUGUGUACUUGUGGAACGCCACCACCGGCAACAUAGAUCAGCUGAUGGAGUUAGAGGGCACUGACUAUGUAUGCUCCCUUAGCUGGAUACAAGAGGGUAACAUGCUGGCCGUGGGCACUUUUCAGGGCCCAGUGCAGCUAUGGGACGUUACUGCAUCCAAACGACUGCGGAUCAUGUCAGGCCACACAACGCGCGUUGGCUCGCUCUCAUGGAACUCUUACAUCCUUAGUAGUGGUGCGCGCAGUGGCCAGGUCAUACAUCACGAUGUGCGUCAACGCGAACAUGCCAUCUCCACAAUCAAUGCCCACUCACAAGAGGUAUGUGGUUUGAAAUGGUCCCCAGACGGUAAAUAUUUGGCGAGCGGAGGCAAUGAUAAUAUGGUCAACGUUUGGGCUCAAGUACCCGGACAAGUGUACUCCCAACCUCAAGCACUGUACUCCUUCAGCGCUCACCAGGCCGCAGUGAAGGCAGUGGCCUGGUGUCCAUGGCAGCCCAGUGUGCUGGCCUCAGGUGGAGGCACCGCAGACAGACACAUCCGCUUCUGGAACUGCAGCACCGGCACAUUGCUCAACUCAAUCGACACCAAGUCUCAGGUGUGUGCUUUGCUAUGGUCAACCCACUACAAAGAAAUUGUCUCUGGUCAUGGAUAUGCCAACAACCAAUUAAUAAUAUGGAAAUAUCCUUCCCUAACAAAGACAGCUGAGCUGACAGGCCACACAGCUCGAGUUCUGCACCUGGCCAUGUCACCUGAUGGCACCACCGUUCUGUCCGCUGGCGCAGACGAGACCUUGCGCCUCUGGAAGUGUUUCAUGACCGACCCAGCCAAGAAGAAGGAACCAGCGGAGUCUAAGUCAGUCGUCAGUAUCCUCAAGAAGAGCAUUCGUUAAACCUUGUAUGACUUGCUAUUUAUUUAUUGUAUGACUAUACUGUCUUUGAUGUGAUUUUUGACUACUCAUAUAUUCAUAUUUUGUAACUAUGGCUGAUACAUUUUUUAAUUUUGAAUAAAAUACUGUAUAUAAUACUGUGAAA